CGUCUCGCUGGCCGCGCUGGGCGGGCCUGGCGGAGCCAUGGCGGCCGUGCGGGGCCUGCGGAUCUCGGUGAAGGCGGAGGCGAGCACGACGGCGGCGGAGCCGCGCGGCCCCGAGCCCGAGCCCAUGGAGGUGGAAGAGGGAGAGCUGGAGACCAUCCCUGUGAGGCGCUCGCUGCGGGAGCUCAUCCCGGACACCAGUAGGAGAUAUGAAAACAAAGCUGGAAGUUUCAUCACUGGCAUAGAUGUAACCUCCAAGGAAGCAAUUGAGAAGAAGGAGCAAAGAGCCAAACGUUUCCAUUUUCGGGCUGAGGUGAAUCUGGCCCAGAGGAACGUGGCCCUGGACCGGGACAUGAUGAAGAAAGCAAUCCCGAAGGUGAGACUGGACACCAUUUACAUUUGUGGAGUGGAUGAGAUGAGCACCCAGGACAUCUUUGCCUAUUUCAAAGAGUAUCCUCCUGCUCAUAUUGAGUGGCUGGAUGACACCUCGUGUAAUGUGGUCUGGCUUGAUGAAGUGACAGCAACACGGGCUCUAAUAAAUAUGAGUUCCCUGCCUGAUCAGGAGAAAACAAAGAGCAGAGAAAACAACAAGGAGAAGACAGCUGAAAAAAGCAAGAAAGAAAAACAGGAGGAAAGCUCUGAUGAUGAGACAGAAGAAGGAGAGGUUGAGGAUGACAAUCCCAGUGAUGUGGAGUUGGAUGCCCUCUCCCAAGUAGAAGAGGAUUCCCUCCUGAGGAAUGACCUUCGCCCUGCCAAUAAACUGGCUAAAGGAAACAAACUGUUCAUGAGAUUUGCUACUAAAGAUGACAAAAAGGAGCUGGGAGCUGCAAGGAGAAGCCAGUAUUACAUGAAAUAUGGCAAUCCAAAUUAUGGAGGCAUGAAAGGAAUUCUCAGCAAUUCUUGGAAGAGGAGGUACCAUUCCCGCAGGAUCCACCGGGAUGUGAUCAAGAAGAGGACCCUGAUUGGGGACGAUGUGGGCCUGACUCCCCCCUAUAAACAUCGGCACUCAGGCUUGGUAAAUGUCCCUGAAGAGCCCAUAGAGGAGGAAGAGGAGGAGGAGGAGGAUCAGGACAUGGAUGAAGAUGACAGGGUGGUGGUGGAGUACCGGGACGAGCUGCAGGCCUUCCGGCAGUCGCGGGAGCGCAGCGCCGCGCGCAGACCCAGCGCCAGCGCCUCCGACUCGGACGAGAUGGACUAUGACCUGGAGCUGAAAAUGAUCUCCACCCCCUCGCCCAAAAAAAGCAUGAAGAUGACCAUGUAUGCAGAUGAGGUGGAGUCACAGCUGAAGAAUAUUAGGAAUUCCAUGAGAGCAGAUAGCAUAGCCACCAGCAACAUCAAAAACAGGAUUGGCAGCAAAGGAUCCUUGGAGAAAGUUGCAGAUGUGAGGCUCCUGUUGGAAGAGAAACGUCAGAAUAACUCUGGGCCACGGCAGCCAAACAGCACUGUCAAAUCAGAUGUGAGGCAGAGACUGGGGAAAAGGCCACACUCUCCAGAAGUCAAAGCUCCAAGCAGUACCUGUGCCCCUCGUCGAGAACCAAUCUCUGAUGUGCACAGCAGGCUGGGAAUCCCCAAACAAGAUGUGAAAGGCCUCUACUCUGACACCAGGGAGAAGAAAUCAGGUAAUUUAUGGACCAGAUUGGGGUCUGCUCCAAAGACACAGGAAAAGACUCCAGAGAAAGCUGAAAACUCUGUGGCAUCUCCAGAGGAAGAUGACUCUGAGCUGCAGAGGGUUUGGGGUGCUCUCAUUAAGGAAAAAGAACAGUCCAGGCAAAAAAAGAGUCGCUUGGAUCAUUUACCCUCCCUACAAAUCGAGAUCAGCCGGGAGAGCAGCUCUGGCUCAGACUCUGAAUCAUGAUGGGUUCACAGCCUGACCCUCCAGGUGCUGACUGCAGCCUGGCAGGAUCCCCCUUGCCCAAAAGCUGGACACUGGCAAAGACUCUGCAGUGAAGGUUCCAGAAGUGUCUCUGUUCCUUUUCUACAAGAGAGGCAUAAACCACUUGAAACCUAAAGCAAAGACAUUUGUCUGGAGUCUGUGGCUGGCCCUGUGCUCUGUAGGGCAUUGUCAUCUCUGUUUAUGACAGCAAACCUGUAGUGAAUUGUAGCAAAACAUUUUCUCCCCUGAGCUUUGAACUUAAAAGAUGAGGCAGAAAUGCUCUGUAUUUUUAAGGAGACCUUUUCUGUUCUUGAUGUUUUCAUCAUGGAAACAUUUUAACAAAAUGUUUUACACACUUCAUCCAAAGAACAGGGCAUUUAUUUCAUGACCCAGAUCAUUGCCUUGCCCUUCUGGCUCUUACCAGCACUCUUCCUUUCCUCUUGAAGUAAUAACAGUAAAGCUUCCUGGGUGGGCAGCCAGCAAGGGUAAAGCAUGAAGGGAUUGGUUGUCACACUCCCUUCCUCCAACACACUGAAUGUAAAUCCAAGUUACACAUUUUAUUGCAGUUAAAUCCCAUGUAGGUAUCCCAGUGGCACCCCAGAAUCCAAGGAAUGCUGCUCAUUUCUUUUGGUGGUGCCACAUUCUGCUGUAGCAGGGAUUAAGAUGUUCAGGACUGCAAAGCUGGAUGUUUGACAAUGUGUAAACCCCUGAGGGUUUGGGGGUUGGUUUUUUUUGCUGUUGUUCAACAAGGAGAGCUUAUAUUCCUGUUAUUCCACCUUGAUUAUGUCCUGAAGCAAGCCAACAGCUGGAAAGCAUUUUUAUAUUUGUGAGAAUCCUCCCAUUGGCCACGGUGAAAGCUCUAGUGGUGUUCUCCUCUGUGCUGUUCUAUCUGUGUAGAAGUGAAAGAGAAAAGGAAAACUUUAGGAUCACUGUCUCCUGUCAAUAUUUUGGAUGUUCUUCCUGUAUAUUACAUGUGGAUGUGGACAUGGGUGACUUGUUCCAUUCAGCUUUUUUACCUGCACAUUUUCACCCUUCCCUGGGUAGGACAAGGGUUUGAUCAGUGUGCAGCUGCUAGUUUUUUUUCUUUUUCAUGUUGCCAGUAAUUCUGAGUGAGGAAUAAUGCAGCACAUCACAUUCAGGUAAACAGGUAGCAAAACCAUUUUAACAGUCUGAAAUCUGUUUGCAUUGUCCCUGUUCCUUGGUUCUGUCAGCCCAAAAUAUCUGUCAACUUCUCUUCCCAUUUCUGCUUUUUAACAAGCAAUUUUUUCCUGUUUUUUUUUUUUUUUGCCCCCCUAUUUUUGUACUAAGUUGAAGUAGGUUUGAGAUUUCAGCAAGGAAUCUGCAGAAUUAACUUUUCUUAUGCUUUUUGAUGUGUGAGGAUAGCAGCAUGUCAAAUGAAAGGUCAAAUGACAGGCACAGUGACUGAAGGGCAAUCUGGGGGCUGACCAGGCUUCAAGCCUUACUCUUUCCUUGUUUUGUGACACUCAUCCUUGAUUUUAUAUUUAAUUAUUGAAUAUAUAAAUGUCUCAUAAAAGUACUGUUGAGAGAAACGCCUGCAAUGUCUGAUCACUGUAAUAACUCAUUUUAAACGUGUGCUUUCACUGAUAUUCUUUCCCAGAGAAUCACUCCCACCUCUCCAGAUCCUGAUAAAAUUUAUUUCACUGGUGUCUUUUUGCCAGUAAACCUUUGUGUUGUGUCAC